GGAUGCUGUUUGGACUUCGGUGAUGUGUCUUUGGAGGAGACGGUCUUUUACCCCACGUAAUUACACUGAUUUGCUGCGGAAAGACUGACGAUUCCUUGGACAAUCGCCUAUUCGCUGUGAAAUGCAAUUUUGUUUUUAAAAAUGUAAACUAUAUUGAAUGUUACGACGUCUCAAAUUGUGGCACGUAUCUACUAAAACUUGUAAUGUAAUGUAAUCUUAUUCGCGUAUGACUACAUCAGUCACGUUCAUAACAUCUGGAUCUCGGGAUAAUUGGAUCGUCUCUCGUGUGCCCCUCCUUCGCUCCUGCAUGAGAAGGUGCAUGCUUUAGAUGGACGACUGGCAGUGAUGUGUUGUGGACAAAAUAGAUUCGCGCCGUAUGUUUUGAGAGGACUCGUUUUUGUUUUUAGUCAGGAAAUGGCGUGAUCCGUAUCAGCGCAACCUGGAGGACACUAUGACAAUGGACCCCUCCGACUGAUGGCCCUUGUUUGGAAAGCAAUAGAGUCUGAGCAAAGCAGAGCACUAAUGAUGUCUUUUCCACACACGUUAGGCAAGUGCGUGACAGGCAUAUCAUUCUCAAUGAGUGCCUGGGUUGGCUGGGUUCUCUGUUUCUCCCUGCUUCCGCUGCAGUUCUUAGGGACUGAGGGCUCUGCCUUGAACUGCCACACGACCUGCAUAUGUGCCAGCAAUGUUGUCAGUUGCUCCAAGAUGAGCUUGACCACGGUCCCUACAGCUCUGCCUCUGUACACAGCAGUAUUGGACCUGAGCUACAAUAAUAUCUCCAGGUUGCGUGCGGAGUGGACCCCAGUCAAGCUGCCCAAACUGCGCAACCUUUUACUAGGUCACAAUGGGCUUCACUUUGUCUCAUCUGAAGCGUUCAUAUACGUCACUCAGCUCCGCUAUCUGGACCUGUCCUCUAACCACCUGGAUCAGCUGUAUGAGUUCAUGUUUGAGCCUCUGGUCCACCUGGAGGUGCUGCUUCUGUACAACAACCACAUCUCACAGAUUGACCGCACUGCCUUCAGCGGUCUCAACAGUCUACAGAAACUGUACCUGAGCCAAAACCAAAUCUCCCGAUUCCCACUGGAGCUGGUCAAAGACAAGACGCGACUCGAGAAGCUCAGCUUGCUGGACGCGUCUUCCAAUAAGGUCAAAAGUCUGCAACUCCAGGAGCUUCAGAACCUCCCAGGCUGGAUAAAGAAUGGACUUUACUUCCACAAUAAUCCACUCCCAUGCGACUGUGACCUCUACAGUUUGCUGACUCAUUGGUAUCUUCGAAAGUUUAGCUCAGCCUACGACUUUAGGGAUGACUACACUUGUGUCUUACCAGGCUCGGAGAAGAAAAAAACUGUAGCCGCUUUUGAGUUGAACACCCUCCUGAAUUGCAGCACAUUUAAGGAGGAGGGUCACGAGACCUAUUUGGAGCAGACGCUCUUCCUCAGCUGCGACACACGACGGCAAGACAUGUCAAAGACCUGGAUGCUGCCCAACAAUGUCCCGGUGAUGCCAAAUAGCAACCAGACCGCCGUGGUCCUGCCCGAUGGCCGGCUACAGAUCAGCCCGGCACGUGCCGAGGACUCAGGAGUGUACACCUGCUUCGCCGUGAGCGAGGCUCUCAACGAGACCCUGUAUGUGGUGGUGAAGGUGCACAACUUCACCGUCAGCGGUAACGGCGAGACCCUCAACACGGCCUACACCACCCUGGUGGGCUGCCUGGCCAGUGUGGUGCUGGUGCUCAUCUACCUGUACCUCACGCCCUGCCGUUGCUUCUGCUGCCCCAACCACAACAAAGACCCCAAGGAUCUCCAGGGGCAGAAUGGCAAGCUCAACCCCAACGACGAGGAGGACGUGGAGGAAGAUGGCCUCCAAGGGAAAGCGCACAGGAAGAAAUCCGUCGCAGAGUCCAUCAGCUCUGUUUUCUCGGACACUCCUAUUGUGGUCUGAGAAAGGACAAUCCCCACUGGGCUUAGCCUUUCCCAAUUAGAUAGCUAUUGGGACGGGUCCACCCAGUGUUUGCCGAACUCAUACUGUGACCUGUAAAAUAAGAGGAAUUGACAUCCAUGCAGCCGCUCAGCUUUUGGCUAACAGGGGCUGUGUAACCAUACCAUUAAUCUUGUAUCAUUGUUGACAGGACAAUAUAGAAAGCCUUUCCAGCAUUGCAAUCUGUAGCACUUAAGUAUAUACUGUGAUAAGGCUGGGCAGCAUAUAUUAAUAUGUGGUUAUGUGAGAAAAAGGUGUUAUUGGAACAGCAUUGGUCACAAGGAAUGGCUGAUAUUGAUUAGCUGACUGGGAAAAGCCAGACAUCUAGUUAUUUCUCGAGCAUUAGCCUUGCUGAGUGGUAUAUUGAAAAGGAAUAGCCUAGAAUGAGUUCUCAGUAGAUGUUAGUACAUAUGUAUUCCCCCCGACUACUAACAAACCAGCCUGACAUUGUUUGUAGAGUCCUCGUCAAUGAGUCAUUUCUAGGGGAGUGGCAUGCCAUACACAAACAUCUCAUUAAGUCUUGUGUCUGUCUUGGAGCAGAGGACAGGAAGCUGCCCUAAUAGUAUCGUAUUAAGCGAGCUGUCCAGAAAUGGUUAAGUCUUGAAGACUGUGUGCUUGUAGAAAGUGCAUUAUGGCUCUUUAGGUAGCCUAUACAUUCUGUUGGAACUGCGUGUUCUUGCACAGCAAAGUGCUCAACCUGAAGGGAUUUCAGUUUUUCUGAUAACUGCAAUUGUACAGUUACUUUUAAGUGUUCAUGUACGACCUGAAAGAAACAACAAUGUCGAUCACAGUGUCAUCGUACGUCUAUGAAACAUUUGUGUUUGUGGUUACAUAAUUAGCACAUAGUAGUGCUCCAAAUGUGUUUUUCUAUCGACAUAAUAGGAGGGUCAUGCCAAUCUGAUGACUUAGGAUCAGAGUUCUUAGUGCAGUCCAUGUAAUGAGAGAAGUAUUAUAUGCUGUGGAGAAAAUCACCGGCAGUGUUUUUGUGCCCAGUAUUUCUUGUGUGUUGUAUUUAAACUGUGCAGACCCGUUUAUUGCCCUUCACGAGUUAUUUGAUUCUGAAGGAGGAUGUUAUUUACAUACAAACUGAUUUUUCUGACCAAUUGUUUCUCUAUUGUUAGCCAUUGGCUGUAAAUGAUAAACACCCUGGCAUUUAUAAAGCCUAGAAAAAAUAUAAGCACCCUAUAUUGAAUUCAGGUUUUGUCAUAAGAAAUAGUUUCAUAAAUAUUUGCACACAACAAGCUGGAGUACAGCAAGUCCCUCCUGAAGUAUUUUAUUGAAAUUUACUGUAAAGAGAUUAAUUUUGUGAUCUUUAGGGAUCAUUCAGAAUUUACAUCAACAUCUCUGUUAGAUGUUGAGGUGAUUCUACAGCAUUAAAUAGUAUAUUGUUAUUUAUUGCAUGGCGAACACAAUUACACACUGUAUGAUCCAGACAGGAAUCAGGAAACAUGUGUGACACUUAGCCCCCAAAAAAGGAACAGUUUCAAUAGCAUGAGCAUGCCUGUCAUUACAACAGGAGAGCUGUCAACUAGCAAAUGCUAAUGCCAUUUGCACUGGACUAAAGCAACUAAAUCUCCCGCAGAAACCAGGCUAACUCCAUCAUAAUAGGUGCCAUGGUUAAACUAGAAGCUCUUGAUCAUGGCAUCACAUCCAUUCGUUUCCACCUCCAGGCUACACUGCGAGGGAUGAAGUAAUCUGAACGUGAGCUACAGCAUGCAAUGCCCUUUAAAUGUGCUUGAUAAUCUCCAAUGAUUAAUAAUACUCUUGGCAGAGGGGCGUUUUGUUUUCAGAAAAGCACUUAAACCACUGUAAAGUACUGAAAUUCAAAUUCACAAAUAUUUACCUUACCAUUCAUAUCUACGCAUGGUCUGACAUGCUGCCACUUGUCCAGGUAGAGAUAGCUGUCAUGAACAGAUUUUACAUUAUGGCUUUGUUAUGUCAGAAAAUGUACUAUAAUCUCAGACAUUUCGAUCUUUCUCUUAUGCACAUAGAUUUCCCUGACACUUUUAAUAUUUCAAUUAGCCAUGAUCUGAUAAAUCUGCUUGGUGUGUUAUUCAGAAUCAUCUUGACUGAAAUGCUAUAUCUAAUCUCAGGGAGGUGUAUGAGCAAAUAUCUGAAAAUCUGAGGCAAAUCAGAAAGCCAUUGGAUUUGAUCAAGCCUUCCUUCACAGCUGUUGAAAUGAUGGGCCACCCUUCUCUCCCUCAGUCUUGACAUCACAUCCAAACAGUGGAACUGCACCUCUCCAUUUACUGCCUCCUAGCCUCCUAAUUCCUAAUGCAUAUUUCUCUAGAAUUCACAAGAGGAAGAAAAAUAAACAUCUGCUAGAGAUUUAAUAACAUGUUGAUGUAUUUGUCUAUUUUGUAUAAUUGUAAUUGUAUUCAUGUUCGAAACAUUGUUGCUGGUUGUGUGUAACAUUUAUCAAAAGAAACACAAGUUUGUCGCUGUUGUUUCUCUGAUUUGUGUAGGGAUACAUCAUUUCUCCAUAGAUCCACAAGCAGGCUGACGAAACACAUCAAAAUGAAUGUAGUGAAGACCUGUUACAGAUAGGGCCACCUGGGAAUGUACUAUUGGCUCUCACACAACAAUUUAAGUUACAAUAAUUUAAGAUAACACCCAAUGCCUGAAAGAGAGUGAUACAGUUAUACGUGUAUUGGAGGAUGUACUAAGCCAUUUCAAAAGUGUAGUAAUACUAACCAGGUGUUAGAUAAUGCAAAGCAUUAUGUCACACUCCACACAGUCAGGAAUAAACUGAGAACUGAGGUGUAAAUGACAUGCAUUUCAAUAUGAGGUCUCAUUGCAGUGGAUUUGAUUUUCAUUCUGUAUAUUCUCUUCUGCCAAAGGAUUUUUAGUACAUGUGAAUUCUCAUCCAGAGAAGUCUAGUUUGACUAUUUAUAUUAGAAAUAUUAAUUAUAUGAUAUAUUAAUUUAUAUGAUAUAUGGAAUUUCAAAUAAACGUGAGUAAAUCUAUCUCAAUCUGGAGACAUCUGAAAAUGUCAUCUUUUGCUCUUUGAGAAGGGAACGAAAGAGUACUUGCUGUUCUUCUGAAUAAAAUGAGAUGUUGAAGUAUUUUGAUCUUGUCUACGAGCAAAUCCACUCCUUGCAAUCAGCAAGAGGUUCCCAACGAUAAUCAAGUGUUGAAAGGCAACUAGCAGUAUGGUGCUAGACAUGUAAGUCCCAGUAGGUACAAACCAUGUAUAAAUCUAGUCCUAUCUUAGAUAUCGAAUGAUCACAUCAGUAGGUUUGCAGAAUUGCAUGCUAUGGAAUGCAUACAAAGGUAGGGACUGCACAGGAAAAGUAUAUGGUAAUGCUAAUCCCAGACCUCUAGGGUUUAUAACUGUAGACAAGGUAGACUAUUAUGAGAAAUGCUCUCAAUAAAACAAUAAAAC